GGGCUGAUUCCCCGGUGUCCCCCUGCCCGGGGCUCAGUCUGGUCCCGCGGCCGGGAGGGGUGGCUGAGUGCGCCAGACGACGCGCCGCCGCCGAUGGGAGCUCCGUCCUGCGCCGCCAUGCACGCGCCGCUGCUCGCGCUCGCCGCCGCGCUGUGGGGCUUCGGUUCAACCGGCGGCGCGCCGACCGUCACGCGGCCGUUCACCGACUGCGUGCACAGCCGCGGGGACGGCGGCUUCUACCAGGGCGCCGUGGACGUCACGGAGUCCGGCGCCCGGUGCCUGAACUGGACCACGGUGGCCGGCUUCGAGGCGCGCCACCCGGGGAGGGGGGUCGGGCCGCACAACCGGUGCCGGAACCCGGACGGCCGGAUCCGACCCUGGUGCUUCUUCAGGACCCCCCGAGGCCGCGUGGACUGGGGCUACUGCGACUGUAAACAAGGCUCGGUGCGUCUGCAGGACGGCCGCUCCAAGCUGGAGGGCCGGGUGGAGGUCUACCUGGGGGGGGUGUGGGGGUCCGUGUGCAGCGCCACCUCCUGGGGGGACGAGGACGCUGCAGUGGUCUGCAGGCAGCUGGGCAACGGGGUGUCGGGCCGAGCCCGCCGGGUUCCCCUGUCCGGGCCGAGCGCGGCGCCGCUCCACUGGAGCGCCGUCCGCUGCCGGGGAGACGAGCCGGACCUGCUGCAGUGCUCCAGGACCGCCUGGACCGGAGGGGCGUGUCCUCUGGCCGCGGCCGUCACCUGCACACAGCAGCCAGCUGUAGUGGAGCUCCCCAUCCGGCUGGUGGGAGGUCUCUCGGGGUCAGAGGGCACGGUGGAGGUCUACCACACGGGCCAGUGGGGGUCCGUAUGCGACGACCAAUGGGACGACAGCGAUGCAGAGGUGGUGUGUCGACAGCUGGGGCUGAGCGGCGUGGCGAGGGCCUGGGGCCACGCCCACUUCGGGAAGGCCCCGGGCCCCGUGUGGCUGGACGAGGUGCACUGCUCCGGCAGCGAGCUCCGGCUGGAGGACUGUCCCCGAGCCGCCUGGGGGGAGCACGACUGUGUGAGGGGGGAGGCCGCCGGCGUGGCCUGCAGCGCCCCCACAGACGGCUCCGUCCGAUUGGCCGGGGGCUCCAGCGGCGUGGAGGGGCGUGUUGAGGUGUUUCACGGCGGUCGCUGGGGAACCGUGUGUGACGACGGCUGGACGGACGCCAACACACACGUGGUGUGUCGACAGCUGGGCUACAGCUCUGGGGAGACCCUCCUCUCUGCAGGUCCGGCCCCCCGGGGCCCCGGUCCGAUCCUCCUGCACGGUGUGCGCUGCUCGGGGGGCGAGGCCGGCCUCCUGCUGUGCAGCCGGGGGGCGUGGCUUCAGCACCAAGGCCCGCACCACGAGGACGUGAGCGUGGCGUGCAGCGCCGAGACCCGCCCCCCCAGUGUGCCGCUCAGGCUGGUGGGGGGGGAGGGCCCGGGGGAGGGCCGAGUGGAGCUGCACCUGUCUGGACUGUGGGGCACGGUGUGUGACGACGGCUGGACCGACCGCGAGGCCCAGGUGGUGUGUCGACAGCUAGGAUACAGCGGCGAGGCCAAGGCCCGCGUGAUGGCCUACUUCGGGGAAGGGGCGGGGCCUAUCCACCUGGACAACGUGAAGUGCGGCGGCGAGGAGCGCUCCUUAGCCGACUGCAUCAAACAAGCACCCGGCACGCACAACUGCCGCCACAGCGAGGACGCCGGGGUCAUCUGUGACCACGGGGUCACGCCACCCGGCGCCCGGGAGGGCAAAGGCAUGGCAGCAGCCCCCGUCAGUACCAGGUCCGGCUGGGUGACUACCACACUCUGGUCCCUGAGGAACACGAGGUGGAGUUCGGCGUGGAGCAGAUCGUGCUCCACCCACGAUACCGUUCCCAUAGCAACGACUACUUACUCACCCCAGUGCCUGGGUCUCGGCCCGCGGGGCUGA